AUGUUCUUAUUAUUUUUCAUAACAUCUGUGAGUUGCUGCAUUCCAACACAGCAAGUUGAGGAAGGUCCCAUAAGCACUUCGACGACUUCCACAACAUCUACAACCACUAUUCCACCAGUUUUAUCAUGUUUGGAUUCCACCUGGAUCUUAUUCGAUCGUGGAUCUUAUUCUUGGUGUAUGAAGAUGGUUGAGAAACUCAUAUAUGUUUCAGAAGCCUUAGCUUUAUGUCAAGAACUUGAUCCUUCUGCAGUCAUAUCUGGUCUUCAAAAUAAAGCAGAAGGAUCAACAUUGGUAUCUCUAGCCGCAUCGGAAGGUAUUUCAACUGGUGUCAAUCUAAUAAUCGGAGCUAAACGAACAUCAACAUGCCUUCUCCAACCUCUCGAUUCCACUUGCAAUACCCUGAACUCAUUCUAUUGGACUGAUGGCUAUACAACUGGCACAGAUGGUUUCAAUUGGGUUCCAGGACAGCCGGAUGAUUCAGGGUAUCUAACAGGAAACGGCCAGAAUUAUGUGCUAUUUUUGAUUGGCUCGGGAUUGAUGGAUGAUGGAAAUGAAGUGAAGCGUAGAGGUGGAGUGUUGUGCGGAAUGAAAGCGGAUUAUUAUUAG